AACAAGUUUUCCACUCGGAACGUUCAGGUCGAAGACCUUUAGCAAUGACAAUGUUUGAAAUCUUCAUUUUUUCUUUGUGUAUUUUUCUGGUUGCGGGCGAUCCUUUAGAAUUCCUAAGUGAUGAGGAAAAAGAACAUGUCGGUAAAAUGCAUAUUUUAGACCUUCCAAUAAAUGCUCGACGUGUUGUGCGUGACGUCACAUUGCACGGAAAUGCAACUAACCAUUGGUGCUGUAAUGUGGCUACAACAAGGAAUAUCACAGAGACGCAUUCUCAGUUAAUCUACACAAAAGAGAUCCGAGAUCGUGUAUCGCACCAUCACUGUGGAUUCAUGGGUCUUCACCGAUGUGCCAGACACCACUACUACUACGUCUCUGUACCGCAAUAUAAAACAACAUACUCAAUUAAGGUUAUCCAAAUGAGUUGUCCAAAUCAAAAUUUGGUGUGCUGUAAAGACUACGUUCUAGUGGCUGGGAGUUGCAUACCUCUGAGUGAAAUUCCCAAUAUUAAAGAUGACCUUAUUAACCUUCAUAAUGGCGGGGUCGUUGUUGGAUAAUUAUCAAUUGUGUUUACAAACCAUUUGAUUACAUGUAUUUGGAUAUUGAGGUGCAUCAUACAAUAAAAUUUAAAAGAUA